AUGUCUUCUCACUACAUUGUUGACCGAUUGAAGCUCACGUUCACCAAAGAUUCUCCUCCUCCUCUUCAUCUCAACUUCCAUCUGGAGUUCACUGGCGCCUCAAGCAACACUGAGCGGGAUGAAUUCAUGGAUACAACGAUUGAAGAUACCGUCAAAGACAAUGAAUCCGUCAAUCAAUCCUUCCAUGCGGAUGAAUCCCUCAACACCGAUCAAUCCCUCAUCGCCAACCAAUCCCUUAACGCCAAUGAAUCUCUCAAUGUCGAUCAAUCCUUUGCAGAUGAAUCCCUCAACGCCAAUCAAUCCCUCAUCGCCAACCAAUCCCUCAAUGCCAAUCAAUCUCUCAACGACAAUCAAUCCCUCAACGCCAAUCUAUCCCUGAAUCCUGAUCAAUCCCUCAAUGUCAAUCUACAAGAAGAUCCACUCGUCUUUGAACAAUUGUUUUCCCUUCCCCAAGCAACACCCACAGCGCAGAAUGAGCCCAAAAAAGCUUCUUCCACAUCGAUUCGAUUGAAGGUCAUCCCCCCAACCCGACGCUCUGCCAGGAAGAAAAAAUGA